AUGGAUCCCAAAGCUGUACUGGCAUCUUUAUCCCUGCUGCUAUUUAUCAGCCUUGGGGCACGAGGAGGAGGGCUUUCUUAUAAUUUCUAUGAGGCCUCAUGCCCACAAGCUGAGGGCAUUGUUAGAGCUGCCCUCGGUCCUACUUUUCUCUCUGAUCCGACUACUCCAGCAGCUUUGUUGAGGCUCAUGUUCCAUGAUUGCCAAGUUCAGGGCUGCGAUGCUUCGAUCCUUGUGGAUUCCGGUGAGGGAUACGCGUCUUCCGAGAUGUCUUCAGGGAGAAACUUUGGUGUGAGAAAGAGGGAAACCAUCGGAAUUCUUAAAACAAUGAUUGAAGCAGAAUGUCCUCAGCAGGUUUCUUGUGCUGACAUUCUUGUAUUAGCAGCACGGGAGGCGGUGGCUUUGUCAGGAGGGCCAGAAAUCAAGGUUCCUCUGGGAAGAAGAGACUCCAUUACCGCUCCAAGCUCUAAGCUUGCAGAUUCUUCGCUUCCUGCAGCGAAUAUUGGUGUUGAUGGCACUCUUCAGUUAUUCUCAAAAUUUGGGAUGACAAUCGAAGAAUCAGUCGCCAUUUUGGGCGCGCACACAUUAGGAAUAACACACUGUUCGAAUGUCCUGAGCCGUUUACAAGAACCAGAAAAAGCGCAAAUAAAAGGCGCGAUCACACCUGGGUUUGAAGCAUUUUUAAGGCUGAACUGUCCUCAAGGGUCCAUAGCAUCAAAAUCAACCUUUGUUCUAAAUGAUCCCACUGCAACUACAUUCGAUAAUCACUACUACAAGAAUGCAUUCGGAGGCCACGGGGUUCUUCAAGUUGAUGCUGAAAUGGUGAUGGACCCGCGCACAGCUCCAGCGGUCCAGAAAUUUGCAGAUAACGAAGAUUAUUUCUUUGAAGCAUUUUCUUCUGCCUUUGUCAAGCUCUCUAGCUCUCGCGUUCUGAUUGGGGACCAAGGUGUUGUUAGAAAGACUUGCAAUACCAUAUAG